AUGGCCUCAUCAUCAUCCUCAUCGCCCGAGCUCCCACACGCUGCAGCGUCAUCAUCCCACCAAUUUGCGCCCGUCCAAUACUCGGAUCUCAGCCGAGAGGAGGUCCUCGAAGAUCUGUCCAGUCGUUUCAUCCUUAACCUCCCGGAAGAGGAGCUCGCAUCGGUCGAGAGGGUUUGCUUCCAGGUCGAACAAGCCCACUGGUACUACGAGGAUUUCGUCCGGGAACAGAAUCCCUCCAAGUUCCCCUCCUACACGCUCAAGACGUUCUCUGAAGCUCUCUUCCACGCAUGUCCCCUCCUCGCACACUGGGCGGAAGACCACGAUCGGACCUUCGACUCUUUUAUGAAAUACAAGACACGAGUGCCUGUGUGUGGUGCCAUCAUGCUCAACAAUACCUGGGACAAGUGCGUUCUCGUCAAAGGUUGGAAAUCGUCAGCAGGAUGGGGAUUCCCGAAAGGGAAGAUCAACGAGCAGGAGCCCAAGUACCGAUGCGCUAUCCGAGAAGUGCUGGAAGAGACAGGAUACAAUCUGGAGGGACAACUGGACCCUGAAAACGUGAUUCAAUUGUCGAUCAAGGAGCAGUCGAUAUCCCUCUACAUCGUCCCCGGGGUACCAGAGGACUUCGAAUUUAAGACCAAGACGAGGAAGGAGAUCAGCAAAAUCUCGUGGUUCAAGUUGACCGAUCUCCCCACAUGGAAGCGCAACCGGGUAGCACCUGGCAAAUUCUAUCUGAUCACACCCUUCGUCCCUCCUCUGAAGCAUUUCAUCCAUGAUCGCAAGCAGAGUUACAUCCUGCGCAAGCCCUCUCAGCCCAUCAAAGAGGAGAUACAUUCAUCAGGAGAGGAGGAUGGAGCCACCGUCAAUGACCAGGCUUCUGUGGGCAACUCGCAGGAACUCAGCUCCCAGGCUUCGUCGGCAGAACCUCAAACACCUUCCCCACAGUACAGCGCCGCUCGUGUCCACCAAGCCACCUUCGACUCAUCUAUUGACUCGAGCACUGCUGACCCUGCUCGUCCAGCCCCCAGCCUGGACGUCGGGGAUAAUCAUCUCGCUAGCCUCUUGACCAGCCUGCAAAGGUCAGCAGCGUCCUUGGUGCUUGAAGCUCCUCUCAAGGCCCAGGCUACACUGUCGUCGGAGACUACACGCCCCGCUUCGUUGUCAGCAGAAACUGUACGACCUGCCACAUCGUCGACAGAAACUACACGGCCUACUGUCGACUUGAGUCCUGACUGGUCCGCCCGUAUGCCCACGAUGCGCCCUAUGCCAACCGGCAUCCCUCAGACCCAGUCUUCCCCAGCCUUGUCUCCUCAUCCACAAGAGGCUACUUCGCUCAACCCCAUCCCUCGGCAGGAGCAACGCAGCACCGUCACGGGGCCAACCGUAUCGCCUAUGCUGCGGCAAGCUGGUCAUGCGCGACGUGGGUCUUCUGUGGCCACGGAUGUUUCCCCGUAUCUUUCGCAUCCUCGCAACAUUACGAAGGAAAUGCGGUACAUCUCUAUCCUUGAGAGUGUUGCACAAGAGUCCGACCGGACGGCCUCUCGAAUGUCCUUCCGCCCGGAAACUUCCCCCAUGGUGCCCACUGUGCAAGUCGCUCACGGGCACGUACCGCAUCUUCCCCAUCCUCCGGUGAUGGACAAAUCCGUGCUUUUCACGUCCACCAUGCACUCUCAUCCCCACCACGGUCCUCCCCCUCACUCGAUGUACCCUCCGCACAUCCCAGAGGGGAUGAUGGCUCGCCCUCGUACAAGCCACACCCUUCACGGCGCACCGUUCCCUUCCUCUGGCUCCCGACAGAGCAUGAACGAGCAUCAGCUUCGUUCAAUGCUACCUCUGAAUGGACAGUGGAACAACAGUACCUCGGGCCCCUUCCCUCCAUCCCCCGCUCUUGGCCCCCCGCCUUUCACCCAGCCGUAUGCGCGCGUUCCUACGAGCCCAGCUCGUGCCCUUCCUCCCUAUCAUUUCCCUCCUACCCACACGCCUCACAUUGCUCACAAUAAUGUUGUUCGCGCUGCCAACAACGCGCAGCUACUGUCUAUCCUUAACACACCGAACCCCGUAUAUCGGGCGUGA